AUGAACAAAUUCUUCCCAGGGCGGCGCUCUACUCACGCGCGUCGUUCAGGCGCCUUCAACGACCAGGAUGUGACUGAUUUAUUCAACCACUUCAACCAGAACAACAACCACCUGCAACCCGCUGCCCGCAGCUUACGCUCUGCCAAUUCGCGCUACUCGCUCAAUGAACAGUUUGCAGCCACGCGUAAGGAAUACGAGUUUGGAUUCGACGAUGCUGCCUCUUCCUUUAUGGAUCUCAGUAUAUACGCCCCGGAAAGCCAGGGCCACGAUGUAGAAGGUUCCGGGGUUGCCGAGGAGCAGCUUCACAUCAGCCGGGACCAUUUCGAACUGCUUUGCAUUCCUCGACAUGCGCUGACCAGGGAGCAAGUCCGCCGCGCCUACUUUCGCCUCUUUAGGCUGCUCGACUCGGAGUCGCAGCCAAAGCAGAUGCGAGCCGCAGCUGCCGUCUACAUGGCCGACGUUCAGGAUGCCUUUGAAACCCUGGUGGAGGACGCAAGGCGGGAGAGGUAUCUGGAGGAUCUGCUGGCCGAGGAGGACGGUCAGGAAAGCGACGAGGCCGACAGGUCGGAGACCGAUGCGGUGGGCGCGCCAAGGCGGUAUUCGAUUCUACCAGCGGCGCUUUUCCCAUACUCGACGGACCUCGGCGUCAGGUUCAUCGCGGAGAGAAACCGACCCUCACCUCGGCAGCCUGGGUCGGCUCAGAUGCUGUCCUCAGUCAUGCCUAUGGACUUUUGCAUUGGCCACUCAACAUCGGUACCACUGCCAACGCUCGGUCGUCUCUUGGCCACGGGCAUCCGCCGUAUACAGGCCGCCGCUCACCCCAAGUCCUUGCAAGUCACUGAUCAAGAAAAGCCGCCCAAAAUCGCCCCGAUACUCGGGACCGCCCCUGUGCUUACGCUUACAGCUGCGUCAUAUGGCCUCGCUCGUGAUUUGACCACCGUAUCUCCUGCGCUACUCACCGACCGCUACCAACCCAUCCUCCCAGAAGCCCUGCCACGGCACCGCAUGGCCCAGCUACUCGGUAAUCGACCUUCACCCCUAGUCAACCUUCGCCUCAAGCAAGACCUCUUUUUGGACAAGGGCGUCAACAACGGCGGCCCGAGUGCCGUCGUGGAGUUAGAAUCCGAGAUAUUCCCUCAGCCAUCCCUGACGGGACGCCUUGCGCGCACCAUCCAUCCCAAGGGCCACGCACAGCCGUUAGAUCUGGAGUUGAUGGUCAGCACCACGCCGACCGCUCUAUCGCUGCGCCCACCUAGGGCAGGCGUUGCACUCUCGAGAAGACUCGGAUCCGGGACCGGAUUUCUGUGCGCAGACAGUGGCGAUUUGUUUCGGCGUUCUCAGGCCAGAGCGAUCGACGAGGCCACCACCUGCGCUGGAUUCCCGCAGUUUUCAAAAGAGCACAUCGGCAGGAAAUCCAUCCUGUCCUCAAUCAUCUCCCCACUGUUGUUUCUACACACAGAGCCCACCGUUGAGAUAGGCUACACGAGCCUCGCAACAGGGAACAUAGGCCUCCUCGGAGCAGCAGGCAGACCCGUUCUGGCCCCCGCUGACAGAGGAAUCAAGGGUCUGGACCUAGAAACGAGCGACCUCGGCGCAAGCAGCAGAGGGUCGUGGACCGUCUCCGCGGCCGCCAGCUCCGGUCACGCUGCGGGCUAUCUCCGUUACGGGCUGGAUCUGGUGUUGGCACUGCCGCAGGCGUUCAAGUCCCGCCUCCCCUUCAGACCGAGCGCCUACCACGUCGAGGUCGAACUCUGCACGGUCCGGUACCUCGCGGUCCGCGCCCUGCGCCGCACUUCACAACGGUCGAGCGUCGGCUUCGAGGUUGGCCUGUCGCCCGCCAGCCUCCACUUGAGUCUGUACUGGUCGCGCCUGGCCCAGCGCCUCAGGCUACCCAUCCUACUACGCUCGGGCAGCGGCAGCGCCGCGUCGAGGAAGGCGGUGUUUUGGGCCGUCGUCCUGCCCAUGUUUGCUCUCGCGGCUCUGGACUUGGCCCGCAAGAAGCCGCAGAAGCGCGGCGUCGCCGCCACCGCCGACUCGAUCGCCCGUCGCCGCGCUGAGGCGGACGAGCUGACGGCUGUCUUGGCCACGGGCACUCAGGCCCGACAGACGGCCGAGCGGAUGCGCGGGGGCCUGGUCAUUUUGGCCGCAAAGUACGGAGUGCCGGGCUCGAGGUAUUCGGGCAUGACCGUCUUCAACUCCGAAUACGAGGUGGCCGACGUCACCAUUGCCGUUGCGGCCUUGGUCGUCAGCGCGGACCAGGAUGACAAGGCCGGGUCCUUGCACAUCCCCCAGGGCUUACGCAAGAGCAGGCUCGUUGGGUUCUGGGAUCCAGCCCCGGGCCAGACAAAGGUGCUCCAGGUCAAAUAUGUCUAUUGCGGAAAGGAGGGCAUUGUGGAAGUUCCUGGGCGGGAUGAGUUGAGGUUACCUCCUGUCGUGGUUGAUGAGAAAGGCAGUGUGAGCUGA